AUGGGUUUUCUCUUUCUAUUCUACUGUAUAUAUAUCUUGAAUUUGUAUUUCUAUGUACUCAUAGACGAUUCAUAUCAAUACAAAUACAACAUCUCUUCUCUUUACUCAAUAACAAACGAGACUACGACGGCUAGAAAGCUUAGUGUUUCAGGAUAUGUCUUUUCUCACUUGAAAAGCUACAAGGAGACUAAUAACAAUUUGCAUCCGGUGUUCCAUAUAUGCAGAACAGAAUGCCAUAUACGACUUAUGGAUCACACAAUCCUAUCUUAA